UUCUGCCUCAGCAACCAGGGGAAAAUGGUGAGUGAUUGUGAUGGGGAUACCGGGAAUAACGGGGAUAAUGGGGUCCGGGAUAGCGGGAAUGGGGUCCGGGAUAGCAGGAUUUGGGAAUGGGGAAUCCCGGGGUGCCCAGCCGCGGCAGAUCUGCACCUUCUGCCUCAGCAACCAGCGCAAAAUGAGCAAAGACCGGGACAGGAAGACGGGACAGCUCCGGAGCUAGGCCGAAAAUUCCAGCCGGGAAUUCCAGCCGGGAAUCCCAGUGGGAAUUCCAGCCGGAGCACGGGGAAGCCACGUCGGAGGAUUCCCGGAUCCGGGGACGUUUUCCUGCCGGAUCCCGCGGGAAGAGCGGCACCGACAUUCCAGAGGAUCCCACGGGACACAGAGGAUGUGCCGGAAUUCCGGGAGGUCCAGGGAAUGCGGAGCCGCUCCGGGAAUCCUUGGGAAUUCCUGCCCUGGGAUUCCGGAUCACGGAACACUUGGAACUCUGGGAAUCCUCAGGAAUUCCUGCCCUGGGAUUCCGGAUCAUGGAACACUUGGAACUCUGGGAAUCCUCAGGAAUUCCUGCCCUGGGAUUCUGGAUCAUGGAACACUUGGAACUCUGGGAAUCCUCAGGAAUUCCUGCCCUGGGAUUCCGGAUCAUGGAACGCUUGGAACUCUGGGAAUCCUCAGGAAUUCCUGCCCUGGGAUUCCGGAUCAUGGAACACUUGGAACUCUGGGAUCUGCUCCAGGAAUUCUUGGGAAUUCCGGUUCUGGGAUUCCAGAUUACAGAACACUUGGAUCCGCUCUGGGAAUUCCUGCCCCGGGAUUCUGAAUCAUUGAACACUUGGAUCUCUGGGAAUCCAGUCUGGGAAUUCCUGCCCUCGGAUUCUGGAUCAUGGAACACUUGGAACUCUUGGAUCCAGUCUGGGAAUCCUUGGGAAUUCCUGCCCCGGGAUUCUGGAUCAUGGGACACUUGGAUCCACUCUGGGAUCUACUCUGAAAAUCCUUGGGAAUUCCUGCCCUGGGAUCACGGAACACUUGGAUCUCUGGGAAUCCUUGGGAAUUCCUGCUCUAGGAUUCCGGAUCAUGGAACACUUGGAUCACUUGGAUCCACUCUGGAAUUCCUGCCCCAGGAUUCUGGAUCACGGAACACUUGGAUCUCUGAGAAUCCUUGGGAAUUUCUGCUCUGGGAUUCUGGAUCAUGAACACUUGGAUCCACUCUGGGAAUCCUUGGGAAUUCCGGAUCAUUGAACACUUGGAUCUGCUCCAGAAAUCCUCAGGAAUUCCUGCCCUGGAAUCUCUGCUCAUGGAACACUUGGAUCUCUGGGAUCCACUCUGAAGAUCCCUGGGAAUCCGUGCCCUGGGAUCCAUGGAUGCUCACGGACAUUUGGGCUUUUCCAGAGCCAUUUCCCAGAUCCACUUCCUGCCUGGAGCCACCUGAUCCCGGAACCGAUCCUGGAAUCGAUUCCUGAACUGAUCCCAGAAUUGAUCCCGGAACUGAUCCCAGAAUUGAUCCUGAAAUUAUAAAUCCUGGAAUUGA